AUGACCUUUUGCGCCUGCAUGCCGGUGAGGUGCGCAUCUGUUCAGGUUCAGGUUCAGGUUCAGGCGCAGGUUCGGGGUUUCGCUUCUAGAAUGCUUCCAGUGGUUACGAGCAACAGGCCCGCAGCCAGGCGUGUGUCUUGCUUAUUAUUAUCCAAGUCCACUUCCCCACGCCCGUGGAUCGAGGCGUCUCACGCAGAUUCGAACUCGAGUACGAAACUCGGUUAUCGAUGGCAUAGUGCAGAUCAAAGUCCAAGUCCAGGCUCAAGUUCUGUUGCAACCGCAGGAAAAGCGAAGCCAGCAUCAUCAUCAUCAUCAUCACCGGGAUGGUCGUCACUCGCUGUGGUGAGCCUGGUUACGUCCACGGGACUGUUUGCUUAUGGCCUCGCGACCUUCCAAGCCGACUCCAAGACCAAGAGGCUGAGGGAUUACUCGUGCCCGGCAAAGUUUGUGGAACCAAAAUAUGCGAGUCUUAAAGAUAUGGAAGCUGCCAUCAAAGCAAUCCGGCAAGCAACCGGUGACGAUAACACCAUCUCCACCGACCCAGAGGACCUAAAAGCCCACGGCUACUCAGAAUGGUCGUCCACCAAUAUCGAGGGUCUUCCCGUGGCGGUGGCCUACCCAAAGUCGACCGCGGAGGUUUCCAAGAUAGCCAAAAUCUGCUACAAGUAUAGAGUCCCCAUCAUCCCCUUCUCCGGCGGAUCCAGUCUGGAAGGCAAUUUCUCCGCCCCGUAUGGAGGCGUGAGCGUCGACUUCGCCUUCAUGGAUCAGAUCCUCCAGCUCCAUCAAGAUGAUAUGGAUAUUGUAGUCCAGCCAUCCGUUUCCUGGAUGGAUCUGAACGAGGAACUUGCCAAACGUCAAUCAGGGCUCUUCUUUCCCGUUGACCCGGGCCCGAGCGCCAAAAUAGGGGGGAUGGUGGGCACGAACUGUUCAGGAACUAAUGCUGUCCGAUACGGUACCAUGAAAGAUUGGGUGAUCAACCUCACCGUCGUCCUCGCUGAUGGAACCGUCAUCAAAACUAAACGCCGUCCAAGAAAAACAUCCGCUGGCUACAACCUCAACAGUCUCUUCGUCGGAUCUGAAGGCACUCUUGGUCUCGUGACAGAAAUUACCCUCAAGCUCGCUGUGGUCCCACAAGAGUUCUCUGUUGCUGUUGUGACGUUCCCAUCCAUUAGAGAUGCCGCGUCCGCUGCUGCGGGCGUAAUGCGAGCCGGCGUACAGGUUGCGGCGAUGGAGAUCAUGGACGAAGUCCAGAUGCGCGUGGUAAACCUCUCCGGAUCGACCGCACCCAGGAAAUGGAAAGAACUCCCUACUCUCUUCUUCAAAUUCAGCGGCACCAAGGCUUCGGUCAAGGAGAACAUCGCCAUGGUCGGUGCCAUCGCCAAAGCGCAUCAUGGUGGCAAAUUUGAAUUUGCUAAAGAUGCACAGGAGCAGAAAUUACUGUGGAGUGCGAGGAAGGAGAGUCUUUGGUCGAUGCUGGCUAUGAGGAAAGAAGGGAAUGAAGUUUGGAGCACUGAUGUGGCGGUUCCGUUCUCCCGCCUGGCGGAUAUCAUCGAGAUCAGCAAGAAAGAAAUGGAUGACCUGGGCCUCUUCGCGAGUAUCCUCGGCCAUAUCGGCGAUGGGAAUUUCCACGAGAGUAUCCUCUAUGAUCGCAAUGUAAAGGGAGAGAGGGAGAAGGUUGAACAGUGCGUGAACAACAUGGUCAAUAGAGCGUUGGAGAUGGAUGGCACUUGUACGGGCGAACAUGGCAUUGGAAUCGGCAAGAAAGCAUCUCUGCUCAAAGAGGUCGGCCCUGAUACCCUCGGCGUCAUGAAAUCGAUCAAACAAGCCUUGGACCCGCACUGGAUUAUGAAUCCUGGGAAGAUCAUGGAUAUCCCAUCAUGA